AUGUGGUCCCUGGAGGACUGGGGAUGCCGUUAUGCAAAGAAGUGCUGGUGCUGGCAAUUGGAAAUCAAGCUGGUGAUUACCAUCUCCUGGGCACAAGUAAUGGCCAACAGAAAAAUUCCAACGCCAGAUUUUGUCAUAGCAACCAGAGGCAAAUAUCAAGACAGAAAGGAGGAGCAAAUUCUGGAAAGGGUUUCCCUCCGAUGUGGCUUGAGUCUCUCUAGGGCGCCCAAUAUCGGCACGAAGCCCUUUAAGAACCGCAGUGCUGGCCCCACAGUUUCUCGGGGCGGGGGGGGGGAUCUAGUGGAGCCCAGCUUUGCCGACUUGCAAGACCCACCAGGAAGUGCACCCCUCCGUUUACCAGGCCAGGUGGCCUGCAGGACAAGUGGACACCCAUUGUCACAGAGGCACGCAUGCACCUGGCCCAGGACUCAGAGAAGCUGCAGGAGACCCAGUGGGCAGUGGAGAUGCUGUAGACCCAGCCAGUGCCUACCCCACCAAGGUGAGCCAGGGGGUCUGAGCCAGUAUGUGCAGGCCGCUGCUCUGCCUGGUGCCCUAAUCCGACCUCCAGAGCAUAACAGUCGCCGCCUCAUGCUGACUUCCAGAGGCCACACAGAUCUUCUCGUUGCCUGCCGGAGUUCGGAGCCAGAGAGGGAAGAAGCAUGGGGACAUUGUUUAGUUCCUGCGACACAGGGCAUGAUCACCACCACAGUGGGAGCUCCAUGCUGCUUAGAUGGAGUAAAAGCUUCAGAACACAGAGUGGCAUGUGCAUGACACUCAGCUUUAACAUCUGAAGCUCGGAGAGGCAAGGAUAAUGACAGCCAUGCUGAGGAGCCGCUGGACACUGGAUCACAGAGUCCUUUACACUCUCAGGUCAUGGAAUAGCCUGGCCAUUUUGCCUCAUCCCCAGAAGCUGGGCUUUUUGGCCUCCUAAGUGUGGGGGGCUUUCGUUCUCUUACACCAAUCCUUGACUUGGCAAUCAGAAUCUGUGUUAGGCUGGAAACACCUGUCCCUCUUUGGGAUUGUGGUGUGACUCUGACUCCCCCCCCCACCGUGAAGUCUCCUUAAAUGGCUUUUUUUGGGGCACCUGAGUGACUCAGUGGGUUGGGCCUCUGCAUUCGGCUCAGGUUGUGGUCCUGGGGUCCUGGGAUCGAGCCCCACAUUGAGCUCUCUGCUCAGAAGGAGGCCUGCUUCCUCCUCUCUCUCUGCCUGCUUCUCUGAUUACUUGUGAUCUCUG